AUGCUAGAGCGAUUCAGGAAGAAGAUCAAGAGACGAUCCAAUUCGGCUGAUAGGCAUCGGCCGUCCUCUGAUGGAAACACAACCGCAACAAGCUCGCGGUUUGGUCUGUUUCCAUUACAUGAGACCCCACGAAACCAGCAUGGACUUGCACAAUACCCAGUAGAUAUCAUUGCAGUUCACGGACUACAUGGUGAUGCAUUCACUACAUGGACUCAUCCAAAUGGAAAGAUGUGGCUGCGAGAUUUCUUACCCAGCUUCCUUCCUGGAUGCCGCAUCUAUACUUACGGCUAUCCCUCCCAAAUCUUCUUCAACCCUUCAUUGUCGCGAGUCAAAGAGCACUCUAGGAGACUUUUGAGUUUGGUCCGGGAUCUCCAAGAUGAUUCUUCUGAAGGGCCUCGACCGAUUAUCUUCGUUUCUCAUAGUCUAGGGGGAAUUGUUUGCAAACAGGCAUUGGUGUUUGCUCACGAAGAGGAGACGAACUACGGAGCAGUCUUAAGGUCUAUUGUUGGUAUAAUAUUCCUCGGGACUCCCCACAAAGGGAGCAAUCUUGCAACCCUUGGAAGUAUCGUGGGGACUAUAAUCAACAGCUUGGCUGUCGUUAAACCUGCUGUGGUAAAACCCGAGCUCUUACAUCAAUUGAAAUACAAUGCUGAAGAGCUUCAUGACCUGUCUUUGUCAGUCCGAAAUCGAUUCCAGAAUAUGACUGUAAUCACAUUCUAUGAGACUGAACCAUUGCCUCCAUUUUCUUGUCCGGUUGUUGAUCCCGCAUCCGCCAUAAUAGGGUUACCCAAUGAGGUUAUCAUCCCUUUAAAUGAAAACCACCGAGACCUUUGCCGAUUUGAUACUGAAACCGAGAGCUACAUAAGCGUAUCCAAUGCUAUAAAAAGAAUUGCAUGCCAAGCACUUAAGUGUUCUAGUACACAUUCAUCUAACAGAUCUUUAAGCAGCAUCGAAGUGUUAUGUAUCAACCUCUUCAAUAAGUUCGAUAUAGAAGAAUACAAACGUCUGCUCCCACAACCAGCCAAAGGCACUUGCCAGUGGAUUAAGAGCCACCCAGUGUUUAUGUCCUGGUUUCACGAAUUAGACAAUGCACUACUAUGGCUGACUGGACAUCCCGGCUGUGGCAAGACAGUCCUUUCCUAUGCUUUAGCGCAGUCUUUCGAGGAUCCCCAAUCCCCACCAGUGGCACAAGAUGUUCUUGUUUACUUCUGUGAUAACAAGGUUACCGGUCAAAGAGACGCGAGGGCCAUUUUGACGAGUUUAAUUUUCCAAAUACUCCGUCAUCAACAUUCUCUAAUUCAACAUGUGCAGAGGGCAGUAAAACUUCAAGGCCGAACAUUAGUCGAGUCAUUCCAGUCGCUUUGGAAAAUCUUCUUGAAGGUGAUAAAGCAUGCGAGAUCUGGUCCUCUUUACAUCAUCAUCGACGCCCUAGAUGAAUGCGAAAGGAGCACCUGUCGCUUGCUCCUUGAAUCCCUUCAUGGAUUCUUGAUCGACCCAGAAUCUUCCGUUAGCAACAGGAAUGGCAUCAAAUUUCUCAUAACGUCCCGCCCAUCCCGCGAAAUAUGGUCAAACACGAUCCAAAUCACCAAUCGCAUAUCAAUUGAUGAGGGCCAACCCGGUUAUAAGAAAGACUUGCAAACUUUUAUACAGCAGAGAAUAGAUGAAAUAAGUUACAGGCGCGACUAUUCGAUUCGGGUCAAGGAAUACUUGUUGAAAACUCUUUCUUCCAAGACAGACCAGACAUUUCUUUGGCUUCAUAUGGUCCUCGAAUCGCUAGAAGAGAGCGUAAUGUCAUCCAUUAAGGAUAUUAAGGAUAUUGUUACCAAGAUCCCGCCCACGCUUGAAAAAACCUACUUGGGUUUCCUGGGGGCUAUUUCUUCCGGCAAUCAACAGCUAACAUCACGAUUGCUACAGCUUAUCUUAGCGAGCUCAAGACCUCUAUUUCUAGAUGAAAUCAACAUUGCCUUCACAAUAGACUCCUCUCAUCGCACCGCAGAUGCCGUCUCCCAAGACUGCCAAAGUGCAGUGGCUCACACUAUUCGCGGGCUUUUGGGUCCAUUCGCGAGGAUCUUAGACUCGAAGGUCUUUCUCGUGCACCAGUCUGCCAAGGAUUUUCUUCUUGAAGCUGGCCGUGUUUAUGACUCAUUUCCUACCUUACGCAUGAUCAGUAAAGAAAACGCAGAACUACAAAUGUCUAUUUCCUGUAUUCGUUACCUACUGCUCGAGGAUUUCUCCCAUGAUUUUUCUAAUAUUGAAAAUUCACCUGUUGACUCUAUAUUCGAAUCCUCUGAAAUUGGGGGAUCUUCUAGCAUCGAUACGGGAUCUUUAAAAAGUGAGGCUAACCUUCAUCUUGACUGGCUUUAUCAUGAGUCCGGCAACCUGGAGCCAGGAGCAUACCAAUCUCUAACCUCGAAGUACAAGCUGUAUAGCUAUGCAUCCUCCCAUUGGAUGGAGCACCUCACUCCGUGCGAAACUUCGGCACCAGCAUGGCUUAGGGAAGCAGCUAAAACUCUCCUCGAUGUUAGGUUUAGCACUUGUCGUAAUUGGCUCCACUUCUAUUGGGCAAACGUCGCUGGGGCAGAGAACCAAGACCCUACCAGCUUGGACCAGCUCACUUUGGCAGCAUUUUUCAACCUCCAUGAAACGGUGGUAGACCUGCUGGGACAAGACAUCCCUCAGAGGGUUAAGAAUCAGGCGUUAUUCUGGGCAUCGCGGGUCGGGAAUUCCCGCAUAGUUGUCAGGCUACUCGAGGCCGGCGCCGAUCCUAACGCGCAAGGUCUGGACAUGCACACUGCUCUUACAGCUGCGGCUGCACAUAGCCACCUGGAUUGUGUAAAUGCGCUGCUGGCAAAUGAACGAACAGACCCAGACGCGCGGGGCAAAAAUGGAAGGAGUGCGCUGUCAUUCGCAUGCGGCACCGGGUACGAUGAGAUGGUCAAAGUGCUUCUGGACAAGAGUAGCGGCGGCGUCGAUGAGAUGGAUAAAGAGGGUCAAACCCCACUCUUCUGGGCAGUAAGCGGAGGCCAUAUAAGCCUCAUUUCGGUCCUAGCAAAGCGCACGGGUGCGAAUAUAAACCAUCGCGACCGCAAAGGGUUCACAAUUAUGUCCUGGGCGGCCUACGAUGGAAUGGAAGAGGUUCUAGGUCGCCUAUUGCGUCUACGACUCAUCGACGCUAACGCUAAAGAUAAGGAAGGGUUAUCACCCCUGUCCUUGGCGGCCCGUUACGGCCAUAGUGCUGCGGUCGCUGUUCUUGUUCAACACCAGAAAGUGGAUAAAGCCAGCAUUGACAGAAAUAAGAGAAACGCGAUCUCCUGGGCUUGUGGUCGCGGGCACGUGAAAGCGCUACAUGUCCUGCUCGAUCAUGGAUGUCAGGGUGUUGACGAUGAAGAUGUCAAUGGUUGGGCGCCUCUCGCUUGGGCUAUCCAGAAUAAUGUCCCAGAGAUCAUCCAGGCGCUCACAUCCACUGGAAAGGUUAAUAUUGACCGACGAGACUUAUGUGGGAGGACCGCGUUAUAUUGGGCUGUUAACUAUGGUCAUGCACCUGUCGUCAAAGCGCUUCUGCAAGUGGGCGCUGAUCCCAGAUUAGCAAGCAACGAUGGUCAGACACCUGCGAUGGUUGCGACAGCAUAUGGACGAGAGGAUAUUUUGAAUGAGCUCUUUCCCUACUUGGAUCACGAGGUAGUACAAUCGAACUUAAACAAGCCUGGUUAA